AAGGUUAGUGACUACUUCCGGCUAAUCCUGCAACUCAUUGGUCGUUGUGAGUUAUGACGGAUAUUGACAUUCUGCGCUCGGCUCUCCUGCUGCCGUCAUGGCGGAGGUCAGCCGUCGGCUGGGACUCAGAGCUUUCAGGAUCUCUGUCCUUUCCUCAUCUAAACUUAAUGACACCGCUGGUGUUGGCAAAGUGCUCGCGGCUACUGGCCCAUCUACACCUGUCAGUACCGAACACGAGCACCGCACGGGACCGAAUGAGCCGGAAGUGCGCAAACAGCCGGAGAAGAGGGGUGAGCAACCAAGUUUAGAGGACUCCAAAAAAACUCCUGUUCAUAGAGGGAAGACUGAAGUUUGUUGCAGCAGUAAUCACGAGCAAGCAACCGCGCGUUCGUCUUCAGUGUCUCUGCCACUCAGGUUUACGGGAUAUGAUGUGGUAUUUUUAGACGAGCGAGGUCAAAGCCUUGAAGUAUGUCAAAAGCAACAACGAUCACAUAAGGAGUUCGGGUAUAAUCACCGGCCAACUCCGCGCGGAUCACAUAGUUCCGUCUGCAGAGUGACCGUCGGGGAUGAUGCGCUACCGAGGGCGACACUGAACAACAGAAUGCACAUGCCACUGCAUCAGUUUAGAUCGUACCAUACCUCAGCGCUUCAGACAGAUGGUCUGUCCAGGCUGUUCAACUCUAUACUGUGGUCUGUCAACCACCGGCUCUGUGCUAGACCGUACAGCUGGAAAAAGGACGACAAAUCAUCCCUCCCGCUAUACCGCAGCAGAACCGCCUACUACGACAUCCUGAAGGUGUCCCCGAACGCCACGCAGGCGCAGAUCAAAACCGCCUACUACAAGCAGUCCUUCAUCUUCCACCCCGACAAGAACGCAGGCAGCGAGGAGGCGACCCGGCGCUUCGCCGAGAUCAGCGAGGCCUACACGGUGCUGAGCAGCAAGUGGAUGCGGCGAAAGUACGACAGCGGCAUCUUUAGCCAGGGGGACUUUCAGAGCAACGGCACGCCCCCGGCCAGAGAUCCUGUAAGCGCCAGACCCCCCGGCCCCCAGCAUCGCGCGCGGAGCCACACCAACACCACCGGGCCCGCAGGCGGUAAAACCCAUUUCAACUUCGACGAGUUCUAUCGCGGGCACUACGGGGCGCAGCUUCAGCGGGAGCAGGAGAUGCGCCGACGCGCAGAGAUGCUGAGGAUGAAGAAGAUGGAGGAAUACAAGAAGAUGGUCCAGCAGAACAUGAAAGUGACUGUUGUGAUGCUGCUCACGCUAGCGGGGGCCAUUGUGCUGGAGCUGACGGAGUCGUGACCCCUGACCCUUUGAGCUGACGGAGUCCUGACCCCUUGAGCUGACGGAGUCCUGACCCCCUUGGCCUUGAGCUGACGGAGUCGUGACCCCUGACCUUGAGCUGACGAAGUCUUGACCCCUUGGCCUUGAGCUGACGGAGUCGUGACCCCUGACCCCCUUGGCCUUGAGCUGACGGAGUCAUGACCCCUGACCCCCUCGGCCUCUGGGUUUGAUCCUAAUGGUCUGCAGGGUAACGGUUUUAAUCUUAGUGAAGUAUCUGUGAGCGCAUGCUCUACCUUAUCAAGCUGCUGUGCUGUGACUCUCUCACACACACAUACACACACACACACACACACAGUCACACACACACACAC